AUGACGUUAGAUAGCGAUAACGAGUUUGGCUACGACUUCUCUGCCGAAGAGGAAGAAUUGCUCCUCCAGUUGUCUGCUGAAAAGAACAACACUGCUCAUCCGAACAAUACAAAGAUAGCAGUUAUAGACUCUGUUCCUGAGAGAAGAAACAAUCUACACCCUCAAAAUGUCACUGGGGCCACAUCAACUGAUGGCGUGGACCGCCUUCAAACAGAAUCCACGAAUAGUUUGUACAGAGGCAAAGCUUUUCAUCAACUCGACGCGUCUUCUGGCCUGCCAACGCCACCGCCGGCUGCAUCCUCAAUCGAGGACGUACUCUACCCGGAUUUGAGCAAAGCCCUAAAGAAUUUGAAGCCAAAGCCACCCCCAGAAUCAGAAUCAAGCGUUACCCCAACACCAGCAUCCGAGGCAAACGAGGGUGAUCCGUACGAUGACGGCCGCUCACCUCUACAGCGGUUCAGGUCAUAUCCUAAGAGGCCACUGACCGUGACCGAUCUUACGUCUGGCGCUUGGUGCGAGUUGCAGUACUGGUAUACUCUCACCCGCUUACCCGGAGGUCGUAGAACCAGAACAGCAGCCAUGAAGCAAGGAACCAAAGUUCACAAAAAGCUUGAGGACGAAGUUCACACUACGGUUCAAAUCGACAUCAUGACCAAGGAAGACGCAUUUGGACUCAAGUUGUGGAAUCUAGUUCAAGGACUGAGAACCUUGCGAGACACGGGACUCACUCGUGAACUGGAAGUAUGGGGCAUGAUUGAUGGGAACCUCGUCAAUGGAGUCAUCGAUAGCGUAAGCUAUGAGAAUCCGAAUCCUGAAUUUGAGGCAGAGCUCUCUAGUCAAGAGUCUGACACGACCGGACGACAAUCCUCAUUGACUGACUAUUUUCCGCCGAAAAACACGAAUCAUACAAACAACUCGGGGCCAAAGAUUUAUCUUGCAGACGUAAAGACUCGCGGAUCAUUUUCUCCUGUUUCCAACGCUCAGAUACGACCCGCAAAGAUUCAGUUGCUCUUGUAUCAUCAGUUCUUAUCUAACAUGGCUGCUGGAAAACUGGACUUUCUCAAGGUCUUUCGGCGGUACGGACUUGAUCCUGACGAUACCUUCUCGGACACUUUCAUCGCACAGGUCGGCAGCUUGCAUGAUGAGAUCUUUGUGGAUGCAUUAGAAACAGAAACAGAAUUCACCCAGGAACAUCCAUCUUCGAGUUUUCAAAGUUCUUCUUCAUCAGGCCCAGAUCUGCUGCAGUAUCGAACCCUACGCGAACUUGUUCCUCUUGUUGAGUAUGAAAUAGAGCUCACCUUCCCUCAAGGCGAACAGUCUCUUGGACAUAUGCUUCGAGUUCAAUACGUACACCGCAGCGACGGUCGUGAAAUCGAUCUCCACGACUUUCCUGCUUCGAGACAAGCUUUGGAGACCUAUCUUGCUAACUACAUGGAUUGGUGGAAAGGUAAACGCGAUGCAAGAGGCGUCGAUAUAGAGGAAGCAUUCAAGUGUAGAACAUGUGAAUUUGCUUCCGACUGUUCAUGGCGUCAGAGCAUGGAUGAUGAGAUGUUACAGAGAGCCAGGGCGCAGCAAAAGAUACGGGCUACGCGUCGGGCGGGCAGCAGUGCUGCGUAA